GAUUGAUUUAUUUCCUGGCAGGUGCACAACUAUAAACAUGCCGAUCCUCGACGGGUACUACGUCGCGGUGACCGACCAAUACGGUCGUGAACUUGACCACUACAACAUCAUGCACGAAGGUCCAAAUGCUUUGAGCUGCUACAUAGCUAGCGAAGAAGGCAUGGAAUUCAAGAUUAAGUACUACGACGAUUCCGAUGACGGCUGGACCAUUAAAGUCAUGGUCGAUGUCGAUGGACAUCCCCUGGGAUACAGGAAUGCAGAUCCCGGGGGUGGCGUGACAGUUGACUCUACUAGAACUUCAGCAACAACGGAGGCUGCUUUCCAGUUCGGACGUGUCCAGCUCGUCGAUGAAGAUGAUCUGAAUCCCUUGGAUGAAACGGGAGACCCAGUGGUGCCACGCGAUAUCGGCCUCAUAGAAGUCAAAUUGGUACGGGGGAGAAGAGUACCACGACACGGUCCACAGAUCGAAUUCGUGCCCAGGCCAGUGAGGCAGACGACGGCCAUAUCAGAAAAGUGGAAGAAAGGAGGACACCAUAUCACAAAUCUUGGAGCGAUUCGGACCGUCUCAAACUGGCGUCCGUCAAACUCGAAAGUAGUCACGAUAGAUCCGCCCCGCCACCCAUACAAAUACUUCCGUAUCUACUAUAGACCCAAAGAGAUUCUCAUGGCGGAAGGUAUCAUGCCCAAGUCUAAUCCAGCGCCUCGACCGCGUGACCGAGAGAGGGCGCAUCGUGAACAUGAUGGUUCAAGGAGAAACUAUUAUCAUCGAGAUCGUGAACAUGAUGAUUCAAGCAGAGACUACUAUCAUCGAGAUCGUGAUGCUCCUAGGCGUGCGCAGGAUUAUUCCGUUGCAGCCUUUGCCGAUCGUCUUGAUCAGCCAGAGCGUCGACGUUCCCCUGCUCGCGAAGACAGGAGAUACGCGGGUACAGAACGUGGUGAAGAAUUAGAUACGCAUCGCCGCCGGGAAUCAGAGCGAGCGAUGAGUACAAUCCUUCGUGAGGUUCCAGAGAUGUAUCUUCCUCGAACCUCCGCAGAUACAUACCGUCCUGCUACAUUCGACACGCACCAAUGGGGAGAAAUCCGUGGUGAUUACGAUGGUCAUAACCACGCAGGGCCAUCUCGCCCAAGCGUAUUACAGUCCGAUCGAACUACCAGCACGGACCUACAGUACAGAUCUCGAACGGAGCACACUAUGCCCACUGCCACGGCUGGUCCAUCUGGGACCAGCACAUUCAAACCUCCAAAUACGAAGACAGAUCCUUCAACUCCUCUCAAGACAGGACCGCCCGAAGUGAUAGACUUGACAUACUUGUCUGACUCGGACUGAACCGUCUGCUCGCUGCGCGGCAUCGAAAUGUCGGUCCUGCACUGAAGUCAACUCUGGGCCUACCGUCACACUCUGUCCUAUAGCAUUUGCUAUUUUAUCGCUCCCAUGUGCCGUUGCACUUGUCAUACAUUCUUUUUUUCUCUCUUGGACGAUGACACAGCCCUUCUACGUUUCUCUGGAUGCCCUCUAUCACACUAUUAUUCAGCGCUAGCAACUUUUCCCAUGAAUUUAUCAACGCCUUAUCAUGCCUAUUCAGCUGUUUCAUUUUGCUACACAACGUACUAUUUCUCUUUACCAAACUCUGUGAGUUGCAUAUGUUCGUUCCAUGUAUAUAUAACCUUUAUUUAGGAGCCAAGCGUCC